CGAUAUAGGAUAGAGCACUAUGACCAUGGCUUUAUUUUAUGUUAGUUGUUGGAGCAACACGAAAAAUUGUGGAAGGGUGCAACCUUUUCUCGUGUGUCUGCUACUGCUAGACCUAUCAUAGGCACUCGAUCAAUUUGGAAAUGUCAGAGUUAUUGCGGCAUUCUUUGAGCAAAUUUACUUUCAGUUCAAACAGAACACCAACUAGGAGAGGAGUGGUAACACCAAAAUAUAAGCAUCUGAGACCAUUUCAGUGUGUGCUCACACAAGAUAACCGGCAGAUUGUUGUCAACAAUGGCAGUGAUUCAUUGGAUAUGUGCCGGGUUGUGAAUGGGAUGUGGCAGACUAGUGGUGGGUGGGGCAGAAUUGAUAGGGAUGAUGCUAUUGAUGCUAUGCUUAAAUAUGCUGAUGCUGGACUCACCACCUUUGAUAUGGCUGAUAUAUAUGGGCCUGCUGAAGAUCUGUUUGGGAUUUUCAUUAAUCGAGUACGACGUGAGCGUCCUCCAGAAUUAUUGGAACAGGUCAGAGGUCUCACUAAGUGGGUGCCCCCGCCAGUUAAGAUGACAAGUAGCUAUGUUAGAGACAGCAUUAAUGUUUCAAGGAAGAGGAUGGAUGUGGAUUCCUUGGACAUGCUUCAGUUCCAUUGGUGGGAUUAUUCAAAUUCAGGCUACCUUGAUGCGCUAAAACACCUUACAGACUUGAAAGAAGGAGGUAAAAUCAAGACGUUGGCUCUGACAAAUUUUGAUACAGAGAGAUUACAAAUUAUUCUUGAAAAUGAUAUUCCUGUUGUAAGCAAUCAGGUGCAACAUUCAAUUGUUGAUAUGCGUCCCCAACAGAGAAUGGCAGAGCUUUGUCAGCAUACAGGAGUUAAACUUAUAACGUAUGGGACCGUGAUGGGUGGUCUAUUGUCUGAGAAGUUCCUUGACACCAACAUAGCUAUUCCGUUUGCUGGUCCUGCAAUUAACACACCCUCCCUCCAAAAGUACAAAAGGAUGGUAGAUGCUUGGGGAGGAUGGAGUUUGUUCCAGGAACUGCUUCGGACUCUUAAACAAGUAGCUUCUAAACAUGGGGUUUCGAUCGCAACUGUUGCUGUGAAGUAUAUACUAGAUCAGGCUGCUGUAGCAGGAUCAAUGGUUGGCGUGAGACUUGGCUUGUCAGAACAUAUUCAAGACACGAAUGCUAUCUUUUCACUUGUUCUUGAUGAAGACGAUGUGAACAGCAUAAGAGAAGUCUCAGGGAAAGGAAAGGAUCUGCUUAAAGUGAUUGGUGAUUGUGGAGAUGAGUACAGGCGUGCAUGAGUUAUUUUAUGUUGGCUUAUCAAACCUAGUGAAUGCUUCAAUUAAUUUAUAUAGGACAAGGAGAUGAAAAGGGGAAUUAAAAAAAAACAUAGGGAAGUGUUCAAGCCCAAUUUUUGGUUUGUUGAAGAAUUUGUUUGAAAUACUUUCAUGGAGUACUUAGUACCGGUCAAGAGACAAAAGAAAUGUAUUCGGUAAUAUAUCUUCAGAUUCGUGCAAACUUUCCUCACAUAUUGGCCACCUCGAAGUAUAGAAACUUUGGUGGAUUGCUGAAAAAGAAUUACACUUCGCUCUAUCUAGACUUCUAUUUCUUGCAUGCAUGAAAGUAUUUAAUGAUCCAUUGUGGGAGCUUUAGGCUAUCGGUGUGAAUAAAAAGAUAGGACUCGGAUCAUUCCUCCAAUCUUUUUGCCACUAAAAAGGAAAGAAGUGUAUUUCUUUUUCCCCUUGUAUGAUUUCACUGGGAGCAAAGGAUUUUGAAAACAACUGGACACAUUUAGAUUGGAUUAAGAUUUAUUUUAGAAUCGCAUUAAAAUUAGACUCCAAAUGUAUGGGCAUUUUUUGUCAUAUUCAAAUAACUGUUGAGAUGAACUAGGUUUAUAUGUUUGAAAUGCGUGUUUUUUAUUUGUAAUUUAGGAAGUAUAAUAAAUGAAAAAAUAUGCUCAAAUUGCAACUGAUU